AUGUCCUUCUCAAUCGGAGAUGUCCUUGGUUGGAAGCGUGCCGUGGGAGAACACGAGUUUUUUCUCCAAGCCACUCUUCCUGCGCUCAAGCCUCCCGAGGUUCGACCGUAUGCGUACUCAAAUGUUUUUUGCUGGAAGCGAUCAUUCAAGGGUAUUACUGUGGUUCCUGCCUUCCCUCGUUUCAUACAUCAGCACCAACGACCAUCGAAGUUCUUCGAAUUUACAGAACAAUUCCAACCAUCCUGGAAUGGUUCCUCUCAUGACAGCGAAUUCACGUUUCAUGAUGCCUUUUACUGUGCGUUUGGAGCCUCGACGUCGUCUCUCCUGUCUGCUCACGACAUGAACAUGAGGCGAAUUCUCCGCUCUAAUCGCCACCGUGCGAUAUCUCGGGUGGACGUGCGUAAUAAUGUCUCGACCAACCCCUCGUCGCUUUCAGGAUGUUGGCUCAUAGCUGCUUCUGGCGAAUAUCUCCCUGUAUCUUACGAAAGCACGUAUGCGGAGGCCCGGUUCGAAGUUCCUCUUUUACUUCGAACGGAGAAGAAGCAUAGGGAUGAUGAAACAUGGAAGCCUCGAGUCCUUUUACAUUUCAAAGUCGGCGAUGAUUUUGGAACGGCUAUCAAAAAGGAGCCCAGGAACCUCUAA